AUGUCUACUCCAGUCAUACGUCGCAAGCCUGUGGCCAACUCUACCAUUACCCAGGCACCACCUCUCACCUUGUCAGCUAAAAUUAGAGUCCUGAAACAAAAGAUCGUAAAGAAAGUUACACCAGCAUCGCCACCUCCCACUGACGAAGGGUUCUUUGAACUCCCGCCUCUUGCGGUUCCCCUGCGCUCCUUCAAGGAGAAGAGUCAACACAUUUGGUCUCGGACCAAGCAGGGCUUUCGGGGGUUCGUGGAGGGGGUUGCGGCCCUCCACGACCCCAUCAAUCCGCAACCGCGGAAGUUGGUAGAAUGGGCUCUGCCAAAGAAAAGUGGAAGUGCUCCUAAGCACAUUGGCUUCUUGGUUGGGUUGAUGGCCCGGGCUUCGUGGCAUCCGUUUCAACCUGCGCCGACCUUGGGACCACUACCUUCAGGGGAAAAACCAUCACUCGUGUCAGGCACUGGCGGUUUGUCGCAAGCCGGGUCAGAGGAUCGGGGAGGGGGAAGUGGGAGGACUGCAUUCGCACGACCACGGGCUGCCAGGCCAGGCUGGAGUUGUUGCUUCGACCUGACGAUGCCGAUCGCCGCGUACGAAUCAGGGGAUGGUGGGGUGUCCAUUUAA